AUGGGAUACUGUAGGCACUGCGGAGACGAUGCUGGGUUCCUGAGGAACUCCCACCGUGAAUGCGAGGACGCCAAUCGCGACGGCUGGCAACAAAUGCUUUCCCUGUCCAGCGAAUCGGCUCUCUCGGGCCGGAAUCGGGAAAACCUGGUAACUGAGCUGGGAGAUCUGGCCACUUCGAGCUUCGUCCCGUCCGAGAAGAUCAGGGACGCCCUUUUGGAGGGCUGGGAGCAAGCGGUGCAAACCGCGUUGGGCGACCAUUUGAUUUCACGGGAAGAAGAAACCAACCUGGCGGAUUAUGCAGAAAGAUUUCACUUGCCUCAGGAGGAGCUUGAUCGGAACGGAGCUCGCACUUCCGUGAUUCAGGGUUCAGUUAUUCGAGAGGUGGUUGAGGGAAACCUUCCCGACCGGCAGCAGGUUGUCGGACAGAUUCCCUUCAACCUGCAAAAAUCAGAGAAGCUGGUAUGGGUGUUCGAAGACGUCUCGUAUUUGGAAGAACGGGUACAAAGGGAAAGAGUGGGGGGAGCGCAAGGAGCCAGCAUACGAGUCAUGCGGGGGGUCUAUUACCACACCGGUGGCUUCAGGAGCCGUACCGUUGAAACAACCGUGACCGAGAAAAUGGAUGUGGGCCUGAUGGGGCUGACCAACAAGCACAUUUACUUCGCAGGAUCGUCCAAGCGAUUUCGCGUAGCCUACAACAGAAUUGUGGCCUUUGACCCAUUCAGUGACGGUUUCGGGAUUAUGAGAGAGGCUCAGACUGCCCGACCCCAGAUGUUCAUCACCGGCAACGGCUGGUUUGUCUACAACAUGGUGACAAACCUGGCGCAGAUGUAG